AUUCGAAUACCGGCCGGAUUGUUACAGCUUGUUUACAUAUGAUACAUCCAUAUAUUGUACAUAUACCGUAUAUUAAAAAAAUCAAGAAAUUCAUAAAACAAAAAAUAUGGGCAAAAAUUCCGAUGAAAGUGAUAUGAAUAAUUUAAAAACAAGCAAGAUAAAGAUGGUAGGCUCAUACAUGAAGCGUACAGAUCAUCAUUUGGAAAGCGAAAUAAAAGAUCUAUCCAAGGAACUUAAACACAAAUUAGGUAGAAUUGACGGCGAAGCUGGUCAAGUUAGACUUAAAGCUAAUCAGUUAGUUGAUGAACAAGAGAAUGCAGCUUCUAGUAGGAGAUCUAGUUUGGAAGAUUCAAAAUCACUAACGCCAAAGAGAUCAAGCGUUAGUGGUAGUGAAGGUCUACUCGUUCCCCAGUCAAAGAAUUCAAAUAGAAGAGCUAGUAUGACUACAGUUUCCACACCUAAUUCUAAUACUAAUACGCCUAGAUCUCCAGCAAAAAGAAAUUCGAUUGUUGAUAUUUCAAGUGGAAAUAGAAGGCAAUCAGUUCCAGCUAUUCAUUUAGCCAGAAGCAGAGAGCAACUAAAAAAGAGUCAAGACAGCUCCAAGAGUGCCGCUAAUCAUUCAUCAAGAAGAGUUUCUAUAAGUAGCUCCCUUAAUGAAGAAGAAGAGGAGGAAAUUAUUGGCCCAAAUUCUCUAGAUUAUCUAAAGGAAUGUAGAUACCUCCGCAUCCCAGGUCACGUUGAAAGAGAACUAUCAAUCGAUGAAGUUUUCGGAGACAAUUGAUAACAAUGAAUUUUUAACAGAGAAAACAAAAAAAAGGAGACCUUUCCACUCCUUUCCCUUUCAUUUAACAAAAUAUACCAGAUGAAUAAUAAAAUAUCCCAAUAGCCUAUCCUAUUGUUGUAUCAUUUCUUUUUAUAUCUUAAUACAGUAUCUAGCUAAAUACAAUAAUAAAAAAAAAACAAAUCUAUUCUCCAGGGUCACGCAUCUCUUCUCUUAAUGUAAUUUAGACUAUAGGUGAUAAAUAUGCAUAAUUUAGUAUAUAAAACUUAUAAUCUAUACAUAUAUCUCAUUAAAUAUGACCUAUAUUUUUCUUUUAAAGAUUAAAUCUCUUUUUGAUUAUUUACAUUAAACCUG